UGCGGGACAGAAUCGCAGCGAACGCGGAGCCGAAGCUCAGCCCGACUUGUUGAUCUCGCGCAGGCAGCCGCGGCCGCCGCCGAGCCGAGCCGGAGCCCGAGGUGGAGGCGGAGGCGCCGCCGAUCGCCCGGGCCGCGCCGUCCCCGCGCCCCGCAGAGCGCUCCGCCCGCGCCCCGCAGCCCCGGCGCCGCCCGCCCGCCCGGCCGGCCGGCCCGGGUAGGCCAAGCCCGGCCCCGGGACCGCCGCUGCCGCGGGCGGGGGCGCGGGCGGCCGGCGAGAUGAGCGCGGCGCGGCCCCGGGAGGCGGCCACCCUGGGGCCGUCGGGAUGGAGGUGAGACGGUAGCCGUGCCGCCCUCCCUCGCGCACCCCUGCACCACAGCGGCCUGCAGAGCUCCCCGCCCCCCGCCCCCGCGGCAGCGGGCCUUGCCGUCGAGUGACAGCGGCCUGGGGGGGCAGGGGGGGCGGGGGCGGCCAGACCAGCGAUGCCGGCGGGCAUGACGAAGCAUGGCUCGCGCUCCACCAGCUCGCUGCCGCCCGAGCCCAUGGAGAUCGUGCGCAGCAAGGCGUGCUCGCGCCGGGUGCGCCUCAACGUCGGGGGCCUGGCGCACGAGGUGCUGUGGCGCACGCUGGACCGCCUGCCCCGCACGCGGCUGGGCAAGCUCCGAGACUGCAACACGCACGACUCUCUGCUCCAGGUGUGCGACGACUACAGCCUCGAGGACAACGAGUACUUCUUCGACCGCCACCCUGGCGCCUUCACCUCCAUUCUCAAUUUCUACCGCACCGGCCGGCUGCACAUGAUGGAGGAGAUGUGCGCGCUGAGCUUCAGCCAGGAGCUGGACUACUGGGGCAUCGAUGAGAUCUACCUGGAGUCCUGCUGCCAGGCCCGCUACCACCAAAAGAAGGAGCAGAUGAACGAGGAGCUGAAACGCGAGGCCGAGACGCUGCGCGAGCGGGAGGGCGAGGAGUUUGACAACACGUGUUGUGCUGAGAAGAGGAAGAAACUCUGGGACCUGCUGGAGAAGCCCAACUCGUCGGUGGCCGCCAAGAUCCUGGCCAUCAUCUCCAUCAUGUUCAUCGUCCUCUCCACCAUCGCCCUGUCUCUCAACACGCUGCCCGAGCUGCAGAGCCUGGACGAGUUCGGCCAGAGCACGGACAACCCGCAGCUGGCACACGUGGAGGCGGUGUGCAUCGCGUGGUUCACCAUGGAGUACCUGCUGAGGUUCCUGUCCUCGCCUAAGAAGUGGAAGUUCUUCAAGGGCCCCCUCAACGCCAUCGACUUACUGGCUAUCCUGCCCUACUACGUCACCAUCUUCCUCACAGAGUCCAACAAGAGCGUCUUGCAGUUCCAGAACGUGCGCCGCGUGGUCCAGAUCUUCCGCAUCAUGCGCAUCCUGCGCAUCCUGAAGCUGGCCCGCCACUCCACCGGCCUGCAGUCCUUGGGCUUCACGCUGCGCAGAAGCUACAACGAGCUGGGCUUGCUUAUCCUCUUCCUCGCCAUGGGCAUCAUGAUCUUCUCCAGCCUGGUCUUCUUUGCCGAGAAGGACGAGGAUGACACCAAGUUCAAAAGCAUCCCCGCCUCUUUCUGGUGGGCUACCAUCACCAUGACGACCGUCGGUUAUGGAGACAUCUACCCGAAGACUCUCCUAGGGAAGAUCGUAGGGGGCCUCUGUUGCAUCGCCGGGGUCCUGGUGAUUGCCCUCCCCAUCCCCAUCAUUGUCAAUAACUUCUCCGAGUUCUACAAGGAGCAGAAGCGGCAGGAGAAAGCCAUCAAGAGGAGAGAGGCUCUGGAGAGAGCCAAGAGGAACGGCAGCAUCGUGUCCAUGAACAUGAAGGACGCCUUCGCCCGGAGCAUCGAGAUGAUGGACAUCGUGGUCGAGAAGAAUGGGGAGGGCGUGGCCAAGAAGGAUAAAGUGCAGGAUAACCACCUGUCUCCCAACAAGUGGAAAUGGACCAAGAGGGCACUUUCCGAGACCAGCUCGAGCAAGUCCUUUGAAACCAAGGAGCAGGGGUCCCCCGAGAAAGCCCGGUCCUCGUCCAGUCCUCAGCACUUGAGCGUCCAGCAGUUGCAAGACAUGUACAGUAAGAUGGCCAAGGCGCAGUCUCAGCCCAUCCUCAACACCAAGGAGAUGGCGCCGCCGAGCAAACCGCAGGAAGAACUGGAGAUGGGCAGCAUGCCCAGCCCCGUGGCCCCUCUGCCCACGCGCACGGAGGGCGUCAUCGACAUGCGGAGCAUGUCCAGCAUCGACAGCUUCAUCAGCUGCGCCACGGACUUCCCUGAAGCCACGAGAUUCUCCCACAGUCCUCUGGCAUCCCUCUCCAGCAAGGCCGGGGGCAGCGCGGCUCCGGAGGUGGGCUGGCGGGGGGCUCUGGGUGCCAGCGGCGGGAGACUCAUGGAGACCAACCCCGUCCCUGAGGCCGGCCGCUCUGGUUUCUUCGUCGAGAGCCCCAGGAGCUCUAUGAAGACCAACAACCCCAUGAAGCUGCGUGCGCUCAAGGUCAAUUUCCUGGAGGGGGAUCCCACCCCACUGCUGCCCUCUCUGGGUUUGUAUCACGACCCCCUUAGGAACCGAGGAGGCGCGGCAGCUGCGGUCGCGGGACUGGAGUGUGCCUCCCUCUUAGACAAGCCCGUGCUGAGCCCGGAGUCCUCCAUCUACACCACAGCAAGUGCCAGGACGCCCCCUCGCUCCCCGGAGAAACACACAGCAAUAGCGUUCAACUUCGAGGCGGGGGUCCACCAGUACAUAGACACCGACACGGAUGACGAGGGCCAGCUGCUCUACAGUGUGGACUCCAGCCCUCCCAAGAGUCUCCACGGGAGUACCAGCCCCAAGUUCAGCGUGGGAGCUAGAACCGAGAAGAACCACUUCGAGAGCUCCCCCUUACCCACCUCCCCUAAAUUCUUAAGGCCGAACUGUGUCUACUCCUCAGAAGGGUUGCCUGGGAAAGGCCCCGGGGCUCAAGAGAAAUGCAAGCUGGAGAACCACACCUCUCCGGAGGUGCACAUGUUGCCUGGGGGAGGAGCACACGGGAGCACUCGGGAUCAGAGUAUCUGAGCUCCCUGCCACAGAGGGCGGUUGCAGGAGAAAUCGAGGAGGAGGGAUGCUUGGCUCGCCUGCCGCUGAGUUCUGUGUGAACUCAGAGACCCAAGGCCCCCCCGCAGAGCCCCAGCGACAGGAGAGACCCUGAGGACAAAUCUGUGGACACCAACUAGGAUGGGGACCACACCGAACAGCAUCUUCCUGAGAGGGCAGGAGCAGAGCUGACAGCCACCACUAAGACCUAGCCUAGGCCACACACUCCUAACGUCCUUUAGAGGCUCGCCCCGCCUCUGAGUGUGUCACCACCAUCUCUCAUGGCUUCAUCGGAGGCGGGUGUUGGAGCAAGGGGUCGCUAGUGAAAGAAUGGGCUCACCAAGAAGUACCUGGUGUCGCCCCUCCUGUUAGAAGGGUACAGAGGACACCUGAUCAUGAGGAAGUCUCUGCCCAUCAGCCGCACUCCAGGAGGGUAAUGCUUAAGCAAGAGGCUCAAAGGAUUCAGUAUUCUGUGGUACCUGGGGCUUUAGUCUGAGACGCUGUCAGGGUGAGCUGACAAUUUAGACUCAAUGCUUUCUGCCCACCUGGCAGUCCAGGAAGGGUUCUGACGCUUGGCACGCAGCCCAGGGGAUAUAAGCCAGGGCUGUCUGUCACGGGAAUGCGGGUUCCGGGUUCCAAACGGCGCCAGCCUGGACUGAAAAAGAUGUGGAAGCGUCAAAUAUGCAAAUGAGAUAGAUUAUUCAAAGAGACUGUGUGUGACUGAAAAACAACAUUAAAAAUAUAAUAAAUUUCAUUUUCUACAUGAAAAAAAAAAAAGAAAAGAACAGAAGAAAAGAAAAAUCCUUCACUGAACUGCCCUAUGCAGAGUUGUGACUACUUUCUGCUGUGGUGGGGCGCACACCUACUAUGAGAGGAAGUUCUUUUUUUGGUUUUUUGUUUUGUUUUUUGUUUUUUGUUUUUUUUUUUGUUUCCUGUGGUAUUCAAGUUAAAAAUAAUAAUAAUAAGUUAAUAAAAAAAGCACUUUAUGUUUUUCUAAUCUAGGUUCUACCAGGGACAGUGUCAAGAUCUCGCACUUUAAAACAAGCACUAUUUCCUGUGGGCCGCAUGCUGGCCUCGCACUUGGGGUAUUACUUGUGCCCAUUUCUGGCCACAGUGGGUCUACCAUUACCACAUCAGAGUCGGGGCUUUUCCGUGACCCCUCAGGAUCACCCCUCAUCCCUCAUGGGACAGGAGAGGUCCUCAGCUCUUGGGGGCAGGGUUCUAUUAAAGUCCUGCAUACAAGAGACACACACGUCUCAGAAGGGCGCAGCAAGAGUUGGGUGUCGGGUGUUGUACCGCUCUUUCUUGUCAACUGGCCAUUGUGUGUUCUAUGUCACUGUCCGUCCCGAAAGCCCGAUGCUCCUUCCUGCGGCUAUCUAGGCAGACGGCACAGCCAAAAGCAAUAAGUACCCAUGUGUAUCCCUCGAGGUUCCCGUGUACUUCCUGGUGUCAGUCUUCCCGUCCAAGCGUUGACCUGGCACUGUCCCGCCUGCCUGUAACCCAGUGGCACAGUAUUGUUGGCCCUUCCUCAGUGACACCAGUUUGCGCAAUGCUCUAGUUAUGGCGAUGUUGUUGGUCAGCCUGUCUGUGGUACAAUGGGGCAAUGUGGUUUUCUUACUAUAGUGUGAGUGGGUAAUGUCCCAAAUGCUGUAGUGUCGUCCUCCCUGUCCUCAGCACAGUGACGGGCAUGUCUUCCUGAUGAAGCAAAGAUGAUAAUGGUCACCUGUCCUCAGUAUCGUCUGUGACUGGUCGGCCGGGCAGUUCAGUGGCGUGAUCCACCCGUCAGCACACGUAGUACAUCAUGACGUUUGGCCUUCUCUUGUUUCCAUAGCUGAGGUCGGGCCGCCUGUCCCAGGUAGGAUGCUAGAGGCGCAUCCUACCACCCGUAAACAAAGUGUUAUCUGCAGCUCCUGACGCCGCUUCUCAGCACCUCCAAAGACCUGGGUCCCCUCCCUCCAGAGGGCACGGCUUGGUGUUUUGCUGUGUUGAUGAAGAAAAUGAGAAGUUGACUCUGCCUCGCCAUCCAUCCUCAGAGCUUUCUCAAGACAGAAGCCCAUGCCAGGUCACCUGCACCAGCAGCAGUCUGGAGGCAGGAAGAAGGGGGGCGGGCCUCCGGCCCCCUGCUGAGCUUGGCCUGGUGCUGGGGGCCUGUUGUGGUGACCGGUGACCUUGGGACCUUUUUGCUGACCAUCUUUCCAUGUCUGUCUUUUGUGUUGCUCAUCAGUCACCCAUCAGCACAAAUGUGAAAAUUCAGGGAAAACAAACAAAUGCUUUUUGAUAAAAAGUAAAUAGUUGUGAUUUCCGAUUCAGAUAUUUUUAGAGCUAUCUGUAAAAAACAAAAAAACAAACAAAAAAAAAAACCUCCUACUGAUGAUAUAGUCUAUUUUACAUAUCAGGAAGUAAACACGUCUUAACAUAGCCAUAUAUAGCCAGAAGGAAGUUACCGCCCCCUUCUUUAAACCAAGGCAUUUCAUUGGUUGGUUAAGCCGAUGGCGGGGUGUACAGUGUAGAAAUGAUUGCAUUCUUUUCUAAGAACCACUUGGUGCGACUUUUCUUGUAACCAAAGGCCCCUUCUGCCUUGUGUAGGACCUGGCUGUCCCUUCCUCUUGUGUUUUGUCUGACCUUAAAGUAGCAUUAAACAGAGAAAAUGAUGAAUUCAGAAUACCCUUCCUAGCUGCACAGGCAGAGUCUGACAGAAUUCCUAUAGAGACAGACAACUAUCAAAACAGUGUAAACGAUGCAUAAGAGUUUUCCAUUUUGGUUUUUGUUGGCUUUUUUUCCUUUCAGUUAUAUUUGUGUGUACUGUGGGAAUAUAGCUUCCCACACACACGUGUAACUCAAGUUAGAAUAUUAUAAAUUUCCCUACCAACCCUCCACCUGCUAAAAAGGAACACAGAGUCUCAUGCCACAUGUACCUGACCCGGGUACCUACCUGUGUUUACAUGCACUGGGAAAUCUUGGGUUGCCAAGAUGACAAUGAAGAUGACAGAUGGGUCUCAGUGAAGGGAAGAGCCAGCGUACGGAGGCAGAGGCCACUUGAAGUUGGUGGUCCACCUGGCCUGACCCAACCAGAGCAAAAGGAAGUGAGGUACCCAAAUAACGCUAGGAACUGGAGGUGGCGAUCUCCUGGUCCAGUUAUGAAGUCAACAGGACCAUCAAGAAGCCAUCUGAACCUGAGUCCCAGCACCCAGCACAUCAGAAAAGGCCAGGUGUCAGACUGCACUCCAUGCCCAUCCAAAAAGAUGCCCGGGAAAGCCUUACUGUGGACAAGGUGAGGACAAGCCAGUUCUUUUGCCUUUUCAUUUUUGGAUGUCUCCAAAGCAGCAGGUCUGGGGCAACAGAUCUCUCUCUAGGAUUCCACCGUAAGCACAUUUAGAUGAGAGAGAGAGAGAGAAAGAGAAGAGAAUAUUUGUCAUCGAGGAGAGAGGAAACCCCAAAGUCAUGAGGAAGUCACCCUUCACCUGCUCCAUUCGCCCUGACAGUUGCUGGGAAUACGAGCUUUGUUCCCAACCGAGUCUGACCUUCUCUCCAUCUCCUCUGUGUUCCAUAGUUGCAGCCUUGUCUCUGUCCCUUCUCCUGAGAAGAUCCACAUCUCUAAGGAGGAAACAAGACGCAACCGCAUCCUCUUCUCUACAACUGUAAUGUAUUGUCAAUAUUUAUACUUAUGUAUUUGUCUGACUCUGGUCAAGGCUGGAAUGGCCAAUCUAUGAACAAGGGGAUAUUUAAAGUUCAUCACAGACAAGGGUUCCUAAAGCCAGGUCUCUCUAGAUAGAUAGGUAGGUAUAGAUAUAUAAAUAGAUCUCGUUUCCUCAUUUCUCUGCCAACUUUGUCUAAAGUGAAAUAACCGCAGGCCGCACUGACUCAGAGGGAAGGACACACAGAAAAGCUUCUAGAACUUGCUCCUUUGGAGACAGACUUCGUGUAUGAGUAUCUGAGAGGUUGCCAGGAGGAAGAUGGGGGCUCCCAGGUCCCCAACAGGACAACAGAACACUCUAGCCUCGGGCGUUUCCUAACCUAUUAUUGUUUAUAUGACAACCCACAAACGCUUUCAUGUCACCAGGCCAGGGCCACCCAACCAGCCCAGGCCACACCCAGAAAUAAGACUUACCUCCGCAUUUUCUGUUGCCAUUUUUCUGGCUCUAGAAGCAUCUACAUCCUAGGACGUCCACACAUCUCAGAGUAGUCUAUUUUUUUGUUCAGAUAAAAUAUAUACACAUAUGUAUUUUUAGUAUAUUUAUAAUAGGGCAAUUGAGUCUAAUUUCUUUUGUAACAGAGUGAUAUCUUAGGGAUUUUAUUGUUGUUCAUUUGCAUAGCUGGUCUUUUCUGCUCUCUGUCAUUCCUUCCCACAGUCCUUUGAACUGAUUUGUUUUGUUUUGUUUCUGUUGGGUUCCUGUUGUCUGGAGAUGGGAAAAGACUGGGGUUUGAUAUCCUGGACGAUGGAGUUCCUGGCAAUGGGUGGGUGAUGGGCAUCCGGAAGAGCAGCUCUGGGUCUUUUCUCAUCAGGUCUAUGUUCCCUGGAUGUCACUCUUAAGAAUCCAGGUGUGCAGGAGCAAGCCAGGUGAAGACAGGUGCAGUUGGGACCUGGGUUGCUGGGAGCUCAGAUGCUUCCCUCCCCAAAUUUUAAAGGACUGAGUUUUCUGGUCUCCAGAAAUAUUAGGAUCAAGACCCUCCUACAAGCAAACUUGUCUCUGACCUCAGGAACAUUCCUGAGUCCCUCCAGGGCCUCCUGCUUCCCAGGGCCACCAACUGGAACCAAGGACCAGGGCGUGUGCAGGCUCCAGCAAACCUCAGAAGAAUGUGCUGUGUCUCCGUUCCAUUUCUCACAGUCUUCUCAAAAGCCAGCGGCCAGAUAGCCGUGUAGCCAAGCGCUGGGGAGUGACAGCCCAAUUGUGACCUCCCCAGCCAGCCCCUCUCAGCGGCGCCAAGGCGAGACUUGAGGCCAGGGUGGCAGUAUUUUUCCAGCUUCUACCUUUCCAAGUCUCCAGUCCUCGGUCAUCCUGAACGUCUAUCGGAAACUAUUUUGAGCCUCCUGUGGACAGACUCCAUGUGGAGAGAAGGGGUCUGCCUACCAUCAGCUUAUACAGGACAAGAAAAGCUAAUCAGAUUGCUUCCCAUGCCCAACAAGUCACCUACCUGCCUCAGCUCUGGACUCUGAGCUCUGCCAGCAUCAGAGACUUUGAGUCAAGCUAGAGCACCCCUAUCUCAGACAGUAAUGGUAUCCCCACUGAAAGAACCCCAAGAGGAUGCUACCCAAAUGCAAAUUUAAUAUUCUGGUGGUUGGAUUUUCUUUCCUUCCCCUUGGGUUUGUUCUGUUUUGUGGUAUUGGGGACCUAAUUAGGGCCUUGGCUGUGUCAGACAAGCGCUCGACCCUGAGCUACAUCUCCAGCCCCUGAAUGUAUUAAUUUGGAAUGUGAUUCUAAUCCGUUUCUCCCAUCCCUAAAAUUCCUGGUAAUUUGGUUUGUUCCAGAGCCAAAUAAAACAGACAAGAUUU